ACAGCAAGGCAUCGUCACGACUCCACUCCAGCCUCAAAGCCCUAGCGGGUCUGUCUGAUACAACAUUUUUCAUUUUUACUCCGUUUACAUGUUUACUAACCCCGCUUUCACAGGGGGAAUGUUUGGAUUCGGUACAGUGAAUCAACGAUGAUUAUUUAACACAGAAUUUUACAGGUUUCAGGAGUGCUCUGGUUCUCCAAAGAUGCGGAGACUGUCUCGAAAGAAAGCUCUGAAUUUAGUAAAGGAGCUGGAUGCUUUCCCUAAGGUUCCUGAGAGUUAUGUAGAAACAACAGCUAGUGGAGGAACUGUGUCUCUGAUCGCCUUCACUGCCAUGGCACUGCUGGCCUUCUUUGAGUUUUUUGUCUAUCGGGACACGUGGAUGAAGUACGACUAUGAAGUGGAUACAGAUUUUACAAGUAAAUUAAGAAUAAAUAUAGAUAUUACAGUCGCCAUGAGGUGUCAAUUUGUGGGUGCAGACGUGUUGGACCUGGCUGAAACUAUGGUAGCAUCCGAUGGCUUGAAGUAUGAACCGGCGAUGUUUGAGCUGUCUCCUCAACAGAGACUAUGGCACAGGACACUCCUGCUGAUUCAGGACCGACUGCGUGAGGAGCACUCCCUCCAGGACGUCCUGUUCAAAAAUGUGAUGAGAGGAGCCCCCACUGCACUACCCCCAAGGGAGGACAGUCCUGUACAGCCACUCGACGCAUGCAGAAUACACGGACACCUCUAUGUUAAUAAAGUGGCUGGAAACUUCCACAUCACGGUCGGCAAGGCCAUCCCACAUCCAAGAGGCCAUGCUCACUUAGCAGCACUCGUCAGCCAUGAAACGUACAACUUCUCCCACCGAAUAGACCACUUGUCGUUCGGCGAAGUAAUCCCAGGCAUUCUGAACCCGCUGGAUGGCACAGAGAAAGUGUGCACAGAUCGUAAUCAGAUGUUUCAGUACUUCAUCACCAUUGUACCGACUAAACUGGAGACCUACAAAGUGACAGCUGAUACGCAUCAGUACUCCGUUACAGAACGGGAGCGGGUGAUUAACCAUGCAGCAGGAAGUCAUGGGGUGUCGGGAAUUUUUAUGAAGUAUGACCUCAGCUCACUCAUGGUCCGAGUAACAGAGCAGCACAUGCCGUUGUGGCAGUUCCUCGUGCGUUUAUGUGGCAUCGUCGGAGGCAUCUUUUCUACAACAGGCAUGUUGCACAACCUGGUGGGCUUCUUCGUAGACGUAAUCUGCUGUCGCUUUAAACUUGGAGUCUAUAAACCCAAACAGGUCAGUCUUGUGGAUGGCCAUGCAAACAGCCAAACGCCUCUACUGUCAGAGAACGGUGGACUCUAGCAGCUCUGUGUUGGUUCCCCUGUACCCAAGCCGAGACACAAGCACAUCAUGGGACUAAACUAAAGACGAGCAGCUCGCCAAAGCUGCUGUCAUUGACUUCUCUGGCAGUGUGGUAUUGUGAAGGGCUGCCUUCUCCAAGCACAUAACUGUAACUCAGGCUGUAAACAAAAGUGUUGAUUUUGCUUUCAUUCCCAGCAGGACACGUCAACAUUUCUGUCAUUAUGAUGAGUGUUAAUCAUCUAUCCUGCAUUUCCACAUUCAGCAUCUUCGAUGUUACAUUCUGAGAACCUGUUUUUUGUUUUUCUUUAAAAAAAAAAAAAGUGCUUGUGAGAGGCAGUGCUGUCAUUUUGAAACCAGCCUGAGAGUUUAAAUAUGUUUUAGACUCGUUUAUUUUUUGUUCAGCCUUCACUACAGUAUCAUCCACUUUUUACCCAGACUCCUUUGAUAAUUUUUUUUUUUUGUAUAAUAGCAAUGCCACUCGAGAUGUGACUCUUGUAUCAUUAGCCCUAACUGAUAAAUUAUGACUUAUUUUCCAAGUGGGGUGGGUAAUUUAACAAAUUCAGUGAAUCGGGGAAACCUGGAAGAUGCAAUGACUUAUAAGUAUUCUGAUUUAUGUGGAAGUCACAUCGUGUUCAGCCUUGAAUGAUUAGAUGUAUGUGGAUAUGGAGUGUGUUUUGGAUUUGUUUUUAGCAAUUGGGCACUUUUUCCUCAGGAUGAUGUGCAGUCGAAAAUAAAUGAUACUGGAUUGAAGAGUGGCUCUGGGACUGAAAAGAGGAAAACUCCUGAGAACUUGAAUUCUGCAUGGCUUCUGUUUUGUGUUGGACAGGUAGAGUGUAUUUGGUAGCACUAGAUGAAUGUAUAUGUAAUGGGAAAGUUGACUUGGGUGUUUUUUUUAACUACAAGGAUUAGCUGUAGCAAGGGAAUUUAUCAGCAGUUAGUUGAAUGGAAGGUUUUAGACAGAUCAGUGUGAUUUUGGUUAUACGUUUUACAGUGGUUAUAAAAAUUUGAUUGCUCGAUCACCCUCUUAUGCGUAUUCCUCAUCUAUUGUGUUUAUCUGAAACCGAAAGGGUUUAAGAAUGUAACUUGUACACACAUCUGAUGGACCGUCUGUGCUUGUGUUGGUUUGAGUCCUUUGCUCUGAUGCAAGUCUUGAUAAAAUCUUGUUUUCUCUGUC